ACAAUACUCUAUUUUAUUUUUAUAAAAAUAUUGUAAAAUCAAAAUAAAAAUUAAAAACGCAAAAACGCACGUCUACCUUUAAUGGAAGUAGUACUGUGUUAACUUCGGUCUCCGUAUAUAUAAACCCCUUCCACUCUCCGAAUUCUAUAUUUAUUUUCCUUCUCCUUCUAACACAAAUAUCGUGAGUCGUGACGCUCACUCACCUUUUCUCUUUCUAACCUUUUUAUCUCUCUUCAAAAUAGCCAUGGAAAUGGAGCUAAGUAAGUUAACAAUGGAGAUAUUCUCCAAGCUCGAACAGCAAUGGCUUUCCAACAAUAACAAUAAUAGUAUGGCUACUAAUAAGAAAACUAGAAUACUAAGCAUUGAUGGUGGCGGAACUUCCGCUGCUGUGGCGCUUACUUUCUUAGUUCAUUUGGAAGAAGCGAUUCAUUUGAAAACCGGCGAUCAUAACUUAAGAAUCGCUGAUUUUUUCGACAUUGUUGCCGGAACUGGUAUCGGCGGUCUUCUCGCCGCGUUUCUAACCGCUGCUGACUCUUCUGGAAGGCCUCUUUUUACUGCCAAAGACGCGGAGAAAUUUCUUGCCGGAAAUUUCUCGGCGAUGUUUAAGCAGAAACGUUCUGGCAUGUUCAGUCGUCUGAAAACUAGCCGGUGUUCCGGUGAAAGCUUCGAGAAGGUUCUUAAAGCGAUUUUCUCGAAAAACGACGGGCGGAAAUCGCCGAUGACGCUAAAGGAUACCUGUAAACCGAUCCUUAUUCCAUGCUAUGAUCUCAACACUUCUGCACCGUUCGUUUUCUCAAGCGCCGCUGCUAGCGCGUCGAAAUGGUCUUCGUUAGACUUUGAGCUAUGGAAAGUUUGCCGCGCUGCCAUGGCAACACCUUCGGUGUUUGAGCCGUUUAAAUUAACAUCAAUUGACGGGAAAACGGUGUGUUCUGGUAUUGAUGGAGGUUUAGUCAUGAACAAUCCAACUGCAGCUGCAGUUACUCAUGUUCUCCACAAUAAAGUUGAUUUUCCCUCUGUAAACGGCGUUGAAGAUUUGCUUGUUUUGUCAUUAGGUAACGGGAUGAGUAAUAACGCAAAUAAAUUGAAUGUGAGCAGCAAAAAUGUCGGAUGUUCAACUGCUUGUGUUGUUGAUAUUGCUAUUGACGGCGUUUCUGAGACGAUUGAUCAAAUGUUAGGGAACGCAUUUUGCUGGAAUCGUAACGAUUACGUUCGUAUUCAGGCAAAUGGACUAGGAGGAUCAGGAUCAACAACAAUGGAGGAGUUAUUGAGGGAGAAGGGAGUAGAAUCGUUGACAUUUGGGGGUAAGCGUCUAGUAGAAGAGACAAACGGGGAAAGAAUCGAGGCAUUUGUACAACGCCUGGUGGCUGCAUCUGGGAAGAGCAGUUUACCACCGAGUCCUUACAAAUCUCUCAGUCCAAUGCUUGAUGGGCGUUAAUCAAGGGUGAUUAAUUUAAUAAUAUAAUUAAUCCCAUUUUUCUUUCUCAAGAAAAUCAUGUAAUCUGUCAAUUAGUUUUAGUAGUGUGGUUUUUUGCUCCCCACUAUGCGUGGUGUAGAAUAUAGAUGAUGAUAAUGCAGUUUGUAAAAUGAAACCUACCUCAGGUUUAAGCUACUGUAAGUGUAGUAAUUACUAUGCAGUAAGCACUAACUCUAUUGUGUAUGCCAAACAAGAUGUGUGAAAUCUAUGACUAAAAUACUACUACUACUAGAGCUUCUUAGUAAGGAAGAUAUUAGAACUUAGAAGCUCGUUCUAACAAUGUAAUUUGAACCUUCUUUUUUAAUUAUAAAUAGAAGUGAGCAAAUUGUUCUAUAA